ACUCACAGUAAUAAAGUGGGCAGUUUAAAUGAGAGGUAGUCUAAAACAACCGCCCGCAAUCAGAGGCGCAAAAUGAAGCGAUCCAUCUUCACGUAUAUGUGGUUCGCUCAGGAUUUUCAGCUCGUCCUCUGUGUCAUUUUGAAGGACACUCCGAUUCUCGGUGCUAAAAAUAACAACCCUCGACUUUUGAGCAAAGACAGCAUCAGCGGUGGAUUUGAUUACGAAGUCUCCCAGAACCACAGCGUGUUUUACUAUCAGGAGGACUAUCAAGAGAUGUACAUUGGUGGCACUGACUUUGUGUUAAAACUCGAUGUGGAUGAUUAUCACAUUAUAGAGAGGUAUCCUCUGAAAUUAACAGGACAACAGCCAUGUGAUGAGGGCCUUUGUGAGAAUGUCAUCACUGUCAUUGAAAAGUUUCAAGAGAGUCUCUUUGUCUGCGGGACAAACGGACACAGACCACAGUGCUGGAGGAUUUUUUCUUCAGUCAGCAAUCAGUCUUAUGAUAUAGUCGAGAGUUAUGAGGGGACCGGCAUCUCUCCGUUCUCGUACACACAGAACUAUCUGUCCCUCACAGUAGAGGAGGAUCUAUAUUCAGCAGCGCCUUUGGAUACAGAUGGAAGUUCAUUACAUUUCAGGAGGAAGGCUGGACACAGGACUAAUGUUUGGAUGUAUGAUAACUGGGUCUCAGAGCCUACGUUUAUUGCUGCAUCCUGGGUGAGGCAGAAACAAGACCCUGACAACGAAAAGAUUUACAUCUUUUUCCGUGAGAAGAACUCCGAUCAGAACCCAGAAGCUGACCCCUGGAUAUCGAGGGUGGCCAGGGUUUGUAAGGUAGAUGAAGGUGGAUCAAAAAGAUUCUUUCAGAACAUGUGGACUUCAUUCCUCAAGGCCCGGCUUGUCUGCGGGAUUCCAGAGGAGUCUUUGUAUUUCAACCGUCUCCAAGAUAUUUAUGUGAUGCAUGCUGAAGACUGGCAAGACACCAGGGUCUAUGCCCUUUUCACAAGCAGCUGGAAUGCCACAGCAGUGUGUAUCUACACUGUAGGAAUGAUUGAAGAUACAUUUGAGAACUCAGCUUUCAAAGGCUACAACAAAGACAUCCCCACACCAAGGCCGGGGACGUGUGUAAAAAACAGCCGAAGUCUACCGCUGGCCACUGUAAACAUGGUGAAGGAUUACCCAGAAAUGAGUGACUGGGUCCACUCGGUGCAUACUAAAGCUCCACUUUAUAUAAGCAACAACAACUACACAAAGAUAGCUGUUGACAGAGUCAAAGGAGCAGACAAGCAUAUGCAUAAUAUUCUUCUUCUAGCCACUGAUUCUGGGAAGAUCCAUAAGGUGUUAGAGGCUGGGUCUGAACCUUUCAUCAUCUCUGAAACGCAAAUCCCAAGCCAUUCAUCGAUUCGAUCAAUGAAACUCGACUCCAAAAGGAAAAAGUUAGUCAUAGGUUUUUCUGAGAAAAUAUUUGCUGUGGACCUCCAGAGGUGCCAGGAGUAUAACAGGUCCUGUCAAGAGUGUGUCCUGGCCCGGGACCCUUAUUGUGCCUGGACAAACACUGAUGGAUGCACCUCAAAUGUGCAAAGAGGAGUUCAAAAUAUCAAGACUGGGGAACCAAAUGUGUGCCCUUCAGGCCCUUCAACAGAAGAAAAGAGACAAGUAAUUCGGACCAAACGUGAGACACCUCCAGCAUCACCAGCUGAUCUACGGACAGACCACUCUGUCCCCCUGGGAGUCCCUUUCUAUCUGUCCUGUCCUAUAGACUCGUACCAUGCUGACUACACCUGGGAGCACAACAAACAGAUCAGCCCAUGUCUGCAGAUGCAGUCAAACUGUCUGCACCUUAUCCCUUCUAUGGAACAUGAUAGCUACGGCAGCUACGAGUGUGUUUCUGUAGAGAAAGAGUACCGCAAAGUGGUGAAAAAUUAUCAACUUGCAGAGCAAAAGAUUGUUACAGAACAGAGCAUUGUAGAUACGAAGGAAAGUGAUGACAGAAGCAAUGUCCUGCUGAAAAGAAAUUAUGCUUCAACUUGUUUUCCACAAUUGAUUUGGAUCACUCUUGCACAAGUUGUUGCAAUGUUCAGGAUUUUGUGAUCUUUUACUCGUGCAGCACUAAAGCCACUCUAACACUGAUAAAGCCAGCAGCUCAGAGGUUCCAGAUGGAAAAUUCUUCUGUUGAGCCUUAGCACUGUUUAGGAAGUGAUCAAAGAGCUUUGUUUGGCAGAAGAGUUGAGGAUUCAAGUUUUCUGGAUAAUGCUAAGAUCAGGUUUAUUUUGUAAAGAAGCCAGGAUGGAAAGAGGUUGUUGUGAUGGAGGGAGAAAGUAGUACGAAGUAGAGAUAGUACAAAUGUUCUGCAGGGCCAUAUAUGAGUUGCUGGUAACAUUUCAUUGAGUAAGUACUGCUCUUCCUUUUGAGAUAAGGGAUAAAAGAAGAAAGUGUAAGAGGUUAUCUGAAGAACUUCCUUUGAACAAGGGCGUAUGAACACUUGGACCAAAGCACAGUGUUAAACGUUGUGAUCAUCUAGAUAAAAAGCAGAAAGAGCAGUCCCAGUGGUCUGUUGGUAGUUGAGUGUGCACAUGAUGGACCCAAGUCUAAGCUCUUCGGUCUGUUAGAGGUCAGGGAAAUACAGUUUUCCUGUGUUAACUUCCUCUGUGCCUGAGUCCUGAUGGCAGAUUAUUUUUAACUGUUUAAGGAAGGGUGGAGGUAGCAGGACCCCCACUGGAUUUCCCUGUUUUGUUCAACUUUCUGGUGACACAACAGCCAAAUUCAGAGAGCUGUGUGAAAAAUGUGCAAUGAACAGGACUACUGUGUUAAAUAAUGAGCACUUUGUUCAUUUACAUGGGAAAGUGGCACAAAAUAGCUUCACCAUGUUCACUUUUAUGAACAGUGAUCUUGUUAGAGAUUUGCUGCAUUGUGAGCAGUUAUCAGAGAUAACCGGUACCCAGUAUGCACCUGACAUAGAACUGAUUAGAUACUGUUGUCGGUAGUUUUGACUACAUCUGAUGGAGCAAGUUCAUUGGUGUAGUUAAACUACAUGUUAAUGUCACAUUAUAGUGCAUGAUAGAACAAAGGGAGGCAAUAUCAAAAGCAGAAAGCAUAGAAAGCUUAGAGGACUUGCUCAGCAACAUCCAUUUAAGAGAAAAUAUACAGGUGCAUGGCCAUUAGUGGCCAUGCAUCCAUUCAUUUUAAUUACUUCAUUUUUCCAGGAUAACAAGUAAUUUCUGGUAAUUCUCCUCAGGUCCUGGCUUUUUUAUAAUGUUUUUGCAAUGUAACAGUGCUGUUUUCCCUGUUAAAAAAAAUCCAGAAGUUAAGCAAAAAAAAAAACUAACAAUAGGCUGGUCACUGAGAUUGACCAUGACAUGCUAUACUGCUAUUACACAUACAGACCAGGUAAACUAGAGUCCUGCGUGGGACUCUUUUCUUAAUCCUGCUCCCUCUUGAUUUCUGAAAAGUUACUGCCCGCUCCCGCAGCAUGUGCCAUCCACUCCCACAUGCACCCGGUGUGUCAAAUCCCACACGCACCCACAUGGGUGGGUGUGUUUACAAUGGGUGAAUGAAGGAAGCCCAUCCUUGUCUUGCAUAAGGGUGCCACAUAUGGUUAAAAAAACACAGCUAGGAGUCUCAGACUGAUGUUACUCCUGGCUAUGGCUUAGUAAUAGCAAUGUCAAAGUAAGAUUUACCGACCUUAUUUACACACCAUUUAUCAUCAUUCAUCUUAAAGUCAUACAGAGGUGAAAUUCUUUCCUGAUCUCACGAAAGCUUGUGUGUCAUAGAAACUAAAGCGCACUUCCAUCAGCUCUCACAGACAGUUGGCUAAUCUUUAUUUAUGCCAUAAUAUUACCACCCUCAUCAGAAGAUGCUUAAUACAACAAAAAACACCCCCCAAACAACUGCAUAAUAACUCAGUGUCUCUGCGGGCUGGUGCAUAUUUACCAAGAUAAUCACACAGCCCACCUGCCAUGUGAUGCUGGCUACACGGAAACAGACCCAUAUUCAAACAUUUUUACGCAGCACCAGUGACUACAGCUAACAAAACUGAAAUUAAACUGUGAUUUGUCAGGGAAUGAUUCUAACAACAACGUGUGACACAUCUCCUAUUUCAUCUUGUUUAAUAUGAGCACAGAGAAGCGCCUUACAGAGACCUUACUUUGAGAAUGGAGCAGGUGAAUCCUUUCAUCUAAAUCUGUAUCAUGUGGGUGUAUUUCAACAAAGUCCAGCUGUUUUCCAGCUUUGUCACAUCCUCCUACCAGCUCAUAGCAAAUGGAACGUAUUCAACUCGCGUGUGACGUCAUUCCCAGCUUCGACUUCUGCAGCAAAUAGAACACAGCAGAAAUCCCUGAAUGAUUUUAUAGAAAAUCUGCACAUAUUUACAAUUUUUAUUGCAUUUGUUUCAAACCAGUACACCCAAGGAGUCUGACACUUGGAGCAACAAUGUGGCCUGCAAAUCGAGACAGACAGACAGACAGACUCGGCACCAAUUAUAGUAGUAAGAUUAUAUCACAUUUCUUACUUUGUUUCAAACUUUUUCUAGGGACAUCUGACAGAUUAGUCAACAUCUUGAGACACUAAUUAUUCAUUAUCAAAGAAAAUAUUGUAAAUAAAAUGUAUGGAUGCAUAUCUACUUAGGGCUUCUAUAAAAACCAAAUUGAUGAUGCCUUUCUUAUUAAAAAACAAAGCUAAGUUUGCUAACACUGGCAAAGAUGUUGGAACCAAAAUAUUCUUGCAGCGCACAUCACAUGUAGUUUCAACUUUUAUUUGCACAAAAGACCCCAUUUUUCCUCUGAAACAGCUUCAUAGUUUUGCAUUAACAAGUAACGAAGCUUGAUGUUUAAUGUUAUUUUUAUUUGAUACUGUGUUCAUGGUUUAUUUAUUGUAAGAUAUGUUUCAUACUUUAUAUUUUUGUACUUAAAAGCAGUAUUUGUCCCUAUAAUUAAAAAAGUUGUAUAUUUUUGCAUUUUGCUUGGUUGACAUUGUCACUUAAAGAAUUUAAGUUAACAUGAAAUUCUUAACAAUAAAAAGGAAAAUUUUACUAAAGCUGGAAAUUCAUCACAUUUUUGGUCACAAGGAGUCGUAGUUAUACCUCUGAGAGGUAGGACUGGAUAUUUCCUCUUCUUUACUAGGUCAUGUGUUUAGAAAAUGGCACUGAGUGCAUGGUGUGCUCCAAUCAGGUCUACAGAUGACACUUUAAGGACCUUUACUGUAAUCUGACUUAUUCCGGGAUCUGCUAAUUACUGCAAAGUAAGAACAUCGUGUUUACACUAUGGCACUCCCGACCUAACACCACCUCACUCUCUAUCUUUGGCCGCUGCUUUACAAGCGCUUAGAGGGAAAUCCUGGAUUCCCAUCAGAUCUUCCAUAAGAUUAAGAAAAUCUCUCCUUAUGUUUCAUCCUAGACUCAAAAUGAACAGUCACAUUGAAGUUUCACAUCUGCACAGCACAGUCAUCCUAGUGUGGUAACUCCUCAUCUAUCACCACUGCCUCCACUCUCAAAGGAGUGUAGGCUGUGGUCAGCAACAGCUAGAUAUGAAAUGUAUGGAGAGAAAUAGCCACAUAUCUUACCUUGUUUCCAUUUGUUGUUAUAACACAGAAUUACACCAUAAAUUUUGUUUUCCCUGCAGUUAAUGACUACACCGUCUCUCCUGCUGCAGUGUUAGUAGUGUCAGAUCACUUUAAUGAAAAUCAGUGACUCUG